CCAUCGCAGGCCAUGGACGUGGAAAACGCUUGUAACCACGGCGACACGGCGUCCCUCUGUUGGCAACGGGAAGUGGCGGCUGCCGGCCUCCCCGACGGCCGCCCGCAGUACAGCACCCCGAGCCGCGACGAGCCAGAAGACGUCCUCCGCGCCGUGAACCCCAGCGAGGUGUUUGGCGGUGCCGGGCCACCGUUGGGAAGCAAGGGCCCCGUCGCCCCGCCCACCGUGUACCGGCUGGUGUACGCCCUCGACGCCGAGGAGGCGGAGCCAGCGGCCCCAGACGUCAUCGCCAUCCAACUGGUCUCUCUCCUCGCCAACGUCGUCGGCACCCAGCAUAGCGCCAACAAUGGCAAUCUAUCGAGCUGGGAGUCGCCAUCAGCAGCGGAGCCGUGGAGCUCGCAUCACUGCAUCGUCGGCCAGCUGCCGCUUGGACUGGAGCGUACGGACACGGCCGCUGACCACGGGGCGAGCGGCACUCUGCAUCUGACGGCCGAAGAACAGAGACUGCUAAGUCAGGAAGGCAUGUCGUUGCCGGACAAGCUUCCUCUCACUAAGGCGGAGGAACGCGUCCUAAAGAAAGUCCGGAGGAAAAUCCGCAACAAGCAGUCGGCGCAGGACAGUCGGCGACGCAGGAAGGAGUACAUGGACGGCCUGGAGGACAGGGCGGCCCUGUGCUCAGCUCAGAACAAAGAUCUGCAUAAGAAAGUGGAGCAAUUGGAGAAACACAACAUGUCUCUGCUGACUCAGCUGCGCCACCUUCAGUCACUGGUCACACACUCAGUGAGCAAAGGAGUUCAGACCAGCACCUGCCUACUGAUCAUCUUCAUCUCGCUGACUUUGAUCAUGCUGCCCACUUUGAGCCCGUUCAGCCGCCGCCCGUCUGCAGACAACUCCCAGCCCACCGGAGUCCUUUCCAGAAGCAUCUUGACCGAUUUUACCUCCUCGCUGUCCGACGAGAUGCUCCAGGCGGCCGCGCCGGGUGGCGGCCAAUCGGGGGUGGAUGUAGAUGAAGCCAAGCAGAACCUCGAAGGCAUCCCGUCUAAUGACACCCCUUCUGGAAAUAGUUCGGCGGGGGCGUCCGCUCGACUCGGCAAGCCGCCGCGUGCCGAUGAGAUGUAGAUGCGCCGCAAAGGACAUCCCGCCCCCGACCUCGUUUGGCCACGGCACCCUGCGUCGGCCUAGAGC